AUGAAUAAUUCAGUGAUUAGAAUUGUUGAUAUACCUGAAGAAAUGUUACUCGCUAUUUUCAGAAAGCUCAAUAAUAUUGAUAUUCUAUAUUCACUCGUGGGUGUGAAUCAAAAACUUGAUAAAGUAGCCUGCGAUAUUAAUUUUACUCGAACUAUUGACCUAACAAUGUCAUCAUCAGAUGAAGCGGAGUAUUCAGGAACUAAUACAAUACUUGAUCGAUUUUGUAUGCACAUAUUACCUCGAAUUUAUCAAAACAUCGAGUAUCUUAUAAUUCAAGGAUGCUUUUCCCAACGCGUUCUUCAUGCUAGCAUUUAUCCUAACCUACGCAAGCUCACUCUCAUCAACCUUGAACUCAAAAUGGCUUCUCAUAUGUUUAACGGAAAAUCGCCAUUUAUUCAGAUCUUUAAACGCCAAAUUUCAGACCUAGUCGUAACGAUUAAUAACAAAAUUUCGAAUAAACCAAAGAAGAAACUUGCAAUUGGAGUUUAUUUUAAUAUAUUUGGCUUGAUAGAAAAUCUGAAAUAUUUGGAUUUCAAUGUAAAUAACAAUUAUCCUUUCCCACGACCAUUGCUAAGUAGUUUAUCUUCUACUACAUGUUUUUUGCCAAAAAUUGCUCAUCUAUGCAUUAAAAUGCACAAUUUUAACGAUUGUCGUUGGCUGCUUGAUGGCCGACUGUGUCAAUUACAUACAUGCAUUGUCGACGUUGAUUAUAUUCGUAAAUCCUCAAUGAUCAUAAAUAAUACGAACACUCGGCUUAAACUGAAAUCUUUUUCGUUAUACGUACGCCAUCCAACAGUGGAAUUCGAUAAUCAAGUUGUGCCGCUCCUUCGUCGAAUGGUACGUAUGGAAACGCUAACAUUAUCUCUUUCUGUUGUACGCCGAGCUUCAUUUCUUGAUGGUACUUAUCUAGCUGAUUCGAUAAUCAAUCAUAUGUCUCGCCUGCAUACAUUUGUUUUCGACAUUGUUACUCGUGGUACCAUGACUAAUGCAGAAAUUCAACCAUCUGCUGAUGAUAUUCGACGGACGUUCGUACAAAUUGGAAUUCAUGUUGAUUGCUAUAUGGAAUAUGAUUCACAUGGAAUAAGUCGAUGUCAUGUUUAUUCGCUUCCGUUCACCAUGACACAUAUACAUAUUAUAACGUAUAAUUUUCCAGGUGGUAUGUUCAUCAAUGUCCGCGUAUUACGUAUAAUCGACUUUGUUCAUUCUUUCGAUCAGGCAUUUUUUGCUCGAAUUUCGCACGCCUUUCCAUUACUCAGCCAUCUAUCACUAACAAUUACAGGAGAAUUAAAAGAGAAACCAUCACGUCAGCUGAAAAAUGUUGAAGAAACACGCUCAAUUGUUGAGUACCCUCGUCUCAGUGAACUUACCUUUUUUGGCGCACAUAUCGACUAUGUGGAACAAUUUCUUUGCAACUUAUAUACGCAUCUACCCUGUCUUAGCAAACUUUUUGUUGAAUAUCAACAUUUGAAUAUUGUGACAGAAAAUUUCACAAGAAAUGCAACGCGUAUGAACUGUGCAAAACUGAAGUAUAUUACUUUUGACCCUGAAAUAAAAAUGGUACAUUCAAAAAACUUUUCUCUCUAUUUUCCUUCAUUGUAAAUAAUGUUUUUCUUGAGUGUAGUUAUUAGAUUUCGGUAAUAUUUCAAUAAAGUUGAAUGAAAAUAUCUGUUUAAAAAAAAUAUUCAUAUAACUAUACCAGUUUAGUUUUUCUUGAGAGUUACAGCAGAAUGUUUUAAUGUUUGUAAGAUCUUGAAAUCGACUAUUGUUUUCUUUUAACAGCCUUUAAAAGUAAAGAACAAAGAAGAUUGACAUGUAAAAUAAAUUGUUAAUAUGGAGAAAAUGAUGAUAUUCACUUUUCUUCAGCAUGAUUAAAUUCUUGUAAACUAAGAAGCAAUUUUUUCUCUUCUUGUUUUAUUUUA